CUGUGCUCAGAAACCUCCAAACUCAACUCAUGUGGGCAAUGAUGAACAUGUUCGGAGAAGUACACGUUGAAAUGUCUGAUGACAACAUGAAUGAAUCAGCUGCUCUGUGUCUGUCUGUGCAGGCGAGGAUAGCGUUCCUACAGGGGGAGAGGAAAGGUCAGGAGAACCUGAAGAACGACCUGGUUAGAAGAAUAAAAAUGUUAGAAUAUGCCCUAAAGCAAGAAAGAGCAAAAUAUCACAAGUUAAAAUAUGGGACAGAGUUAAACCAAGGGGACAUGAAGAUGCCCAGCUUUGAAUCAGACACCAAAGACUCGGAGGUCUCUGCUGUUCCUGCCAACAGUCAGCUCACCUGGAAACAAGGCCGACAGCUCCUCAGACAGUACCUGCAGGAAGUCGGAUACACAGACACCAUCCUGGACGUUCGUACACAGAGGGUUCGCUCUCUGCUCGGCCUGUCGGGCUCCGAGCAGAACGGAUCUGUGGAGAACAAGAACCUGCAGCACCUGAUCAACGGGACGGAGCGCCGCAGGGACAGCAAGAGGAGUCCAAGUGACGUUCUGGAGACGUUUAACUUCCUGGAGAACGCAGAGGACAGCGAUGAGGAUGAAGAUGAGGAGGGAGACCUGAUGGACGACAUCAGUCCAGGCAAACACCAUCGAGCCAAGAAACACAAGACCAAGGUCGGGAACGAGGGCCUGGCGUCGGAGGAUGACGCAGACACAGAGGAGGCGCUGAAGGAGUUUGACUUCCUGGUGACAGCAGAGGACGGAGAGGGAGCAGGCGAGGCUCGGAGCUCUGGAGAUGGAACAGAGUGGUCGGAGCCUCUGCCAUUUCCUACUGGUGGGGGCAAGUCCUUCCUGUUGGGGGGGUCGGACGACGUGUUGGAGAGCGUGCUGGGUCUGGGUGACCUCGCUGACCUCACCGUCACAAACGACGAAACAGACUACAGCUACGACCUGCCAACCAAUAAGGACUCUUCGUUCAGGAAGACGUGGAACCCCAAGUACACGCUGCGGAGCCACUUUGAUGGCGUUCGAGCGCUGGCCUUCCACCCUGUGGAGCCCUGCCUGGUCACCGUGUCCGAGGACCACACCCUCAAACUGUGGAACCUCACCAAGACCGUCCCCGCCAAAAAAAGUGCCUCUUUUGACGUGGAGCCUGUCUACACAUUCAGAGCCCAUGUUGGUCCAGUGUUGUCGUUGGCAAUGACCUCCAGUGGUGAACAGUGUUUCAGUGGAGGCAUCGACUCGACCAUCCAGUGGUGGAACAUCCCCAGUUCAAACGUUGACCCCUACGACACCUACGAUCCCAGCGUUCUUGCUGGGUCGUGGGAGGGGCACACAGAUGCCGUGUGGGGAUUGGCUUAUAGCGGUAUCAAGAACCGCCUCCUGUCCUGCUCGGCAGACGGAACAGUGAAGCUGUGGAAUCCGACAGAGAAGAAUCCCUGCAUCUGCACUUUCAACACAAACAAGGAACACGGGAUCCCCACGUCAGUGGACUUUAACGGCUGUGACCCCGCCCACAUGGUGGCGUCCUUUAACAGUGGAGACGUGGUGGUGUACGACCUGGAGACCUCCCAGCAAGCACUGGUGCUGAAGGGUCAGGGGGACAGCUCUCUCCCGGGUUCGAAUCAUAUCAACAAGGUGGUGAGUCAUCCCACGCUGCCGGCCACCAUCACCGCUCACGAAGACCGACACAUCAAAUUCUACGACAACAAGUCAGGUAAAGUGAUCCACGCCAUGGUGGCUCACCUGGACGCAGUGACCAGUCUGGCGGUGGAUCCUAACGGGAUCUACCUGAUGUCUGGCAGUAAGUUU